AUGAGCAGGGAAUUGGACCAGAGAGGAGGAUGGGAAUUGGACCAGAGAGGAGGAUGGGUUCUUGGUGAAAAUGAUGGGGGAAAGCUGGGAAAGCUGCUGGGGACGCUGAUGGGUGGCAUCACGGCGCUAUAUGAUUUGUUUCUGGACGAGGAGAAGCGGGGUGUUGGUGGAGGAAAGCUGCUGGGGGGUGCUGAUGGGUUGCAUCGCGGCUGGUUGCCAUAUAAAAAAUGGGGGACGCUGAUGGGUUGCAUCGCGGCUGGAUGCUAUAUGAAAAUUGGGAACAUCUUGUUUUCUGGCGGAUGGUUGAGCAGGCAAGGCGGCGUAAUUUUGGUGGCGAUUUUGCAAGUGGGUCCUGGCAUUGGCGUUGGGCGUCUCAAACCAAACAACGCGGUCUUCAAACGCCUAAGUCAACAAGCUUCGACAUCCAUCGCUACUACUCGAGAACCUGACUUGAUGUCGGUUCUCCCUUGGCAUGAGCACACUUCGCUCACUUGCUCACCGAUUCCUGCACUCAGACAAUCGACACUACCAUCCGGUACCCUCAGAAGAUCAAUAUCUCAAUUCAAUCUUCACAUUUGUCGCGCCCAAGUUGUGUUUCAUUGGUCACCCUUCUUGGCUCCCAAGUCGCGUUUCGUUUGUUUCGCCAUGCACCCUUCCUCGCGCCCGCGACCUGACUAUACGUCGGUUGCAGCAACCAGACUAUCCGUCGGUUGCAGCAACCAGACUGUCCCUUUCAUCUAUGUCGGGUCAAGCGCAUUCAUGUAUAGUGACGGCAGCCCAGAUUGCUAUGGCCGCGAGCACUAUGACGACGGAGACACCAAGUGGCCUUUGAACCAACGGGAUUGUGAGGAUAUCACACCAUACGACGCCCUCGUCCUGGGUGAGCUCAACGAAUCCUUUGCCCCUUCAACGAGAGAGAUGUCCACCUUUUCUCUUCCGGGAGGUCAAUUGGUUCCCAGACGAGGCGUUGUGACUUCACCAAACGUUUCUUGGUUGCCCUACAUUACAGUAGCUCCUUUGCCCGUCCGAGCCCGUGCCAAUGGUCGUUUCGCACAUGCCGAUUUCACCAUCUGCCCCCAAUGGUGGUUCAGCAAAACUGCCCACCUCACAUUUGUGCUGCGCCAACCACACGAGCAGGACAUCAACAACCACCCCCUCUAUUGGCUUUGGUGGGACGUCAAACCAAGGCAUUUCAAGGCUGUGGAGGGCUCGGCCUUCAAAGACUUGGGAACCCUUGACGAGAAGAUUGCAAACGUCAUGAGGUCUGAGGCCAAAAAGCUCCAUUCCCAAGUGGCCGAGAUCGCACGCACCAAAGACGCCAAGAUUUGUGGUGGUCUCUUCUUCGUGGCCAACCGGAUGCGCGACGCUUCGGGCCGCCUCUCACUCACAUCAUUUUACUAUCGUGAUUUGGUCUGGCACGUCGCCAGCUUCCAACGGCUCUACUUGGAAACUCUUGCAAUGGUGGACUGGUUCAAAACCUGGGAGGCUCGCCUCCUUGAACCUAACCGCCAGGUUUAUCCUGUUGACGAGAGUGUGAUGGGUGCCAUCACUGACAGCCUCGAGACAGCAGAGACUCUGUUCCGCAUUGGGGCGCCCGUUUGGUUGGUUCGUACCCCAGCCGAAAUCCCUCCACAAAUCAACAUCUUGAAUGUACGCCCACCAACGCCAAAAAGCAUUGCCACCCUCCGUGAUCGCCGUCCUUCAGAGGUGGACCCCCGUGAACUCUGCCUUGACGACUAUCCAGAUCACCCUUUUCCUCAUAUCACGACAGCUUCCCCUCGAAGCACUCUCUAUAUACAGGCAUGUCAAACACAUUUCGAAGGGUUUCUUGGACCAGAAGACCCGAAGCCAGUUGUGAAGGGGCCGCAGAGUGGCUCGUUAUCCGUAGAGCCUGAUACAGGGCCCAGUCGAACAGACCGCGAAGUUGUGCGGGCGUCUCCUUACUCAAACCCUGCUUCGUUGUCCACAAAGGCACCCUGCUUCGUCGUCCACAAAGGCAUCAGGGAGUAUGUCAGGNGCGUCAAUCACGAGAAGUUUAGUGAGAUUGAGGAGGCCUUCAUACCCCCUCAAUGCUCGGUGUGGAAGAAGGCCCUGCAGAAUGUGAAACCCGACCCGUCCCGCAUCAAAUCCUCCAAAGAUCGUGUCCGUGGCUACCAGUUUCCCGACCCUUGGCUUUUUAUGAGGGGAACAAACCGCAAGGCCUUCACAUUUGCUUGGUUAAUCUCGCGCAGCCAAUGGCUUCAGUCCUUCACAUCUCUCGACUACUCUCCAGGGCCCGCGCCACAUACUCAACACUGGCGCGAUUUCUUCUAUCACUUCUCAAAGGAGAUGAAUCUGGUCGAUACUUCGCGGGCCGACAUACCUCUAACAGCGCAACUCAGUCAGAAGGGGAAAACUCCGGCCACGGGCGGAAGAAAGUCGGUAAAAUCGAAACAGAACUAUGCCAUCAAGCGAGGGGAGUCGCUAAAGAAUGCUCAAGCGACUUUUUUCGGACCCAGAGUCAACGUGGGUGAACGUCCCCAAUCGAUCUUCUGGCGUGAUGUUGCUGUGAUGGAAGGGAAUACCGACAAUCUGACGCCGGCGAUCUCAGCGGAGAUUCUGUGGAACCUUUUUGAGCAAAAUUUUCGUUUGGAGCUUCGCAUGGUGGACCAGCAAGUUUUACUGGCAGAUUGGGCCUCGCAGGAUUCGGCCGCAGUUUGA